GUAAUGUGUUCAUUAGGUAUAGUUGCUGUAUCAGUUGGUGAGCCAUACUCACUCAAUGAAAGGAUAGAAUUAUCAUUUAAACUAGUUCACUCAAACUCACUUGUUCUUCUAUGGAGCUUCACUGAUCCCAUUCACCCUCAAUUAUUUUUAGAAGCUCCUGAAGAUAUUUUGUGUUUCAAAUUCAAUCCAAGCAAUCCAAACCUCAUUGUUGGAGGCUGCAUCAACGGACAGGUUGUAAUAUGGGAUAUAACAGACUAUCAGGAGAGACUACAGAUUCAUCGCUCAAUCAAUACAAAAGAGAAAGGACCAGUAAUGAACGCAUUGUUUAAUACUGAGCCAAAGCUUGAUCAUGCUCCUAUUGUCAGUUAUGUUGCUCUUUCAUCAAUUGAUGCUGGACACAGUAAAGGAGUCACUGGGAUUGAGUGGAUACCUGACCAUCUGGAGGUGAGGGAAGGAGGGAAGACAAUUAAUGUUAAUCAAUUUGCAUGUCAAAAAUAG